CCUAAGCAACGCUUUAGGCAAACUCCAAAAAAAUACAGAGAGGUCGGCAGAAAGUGCGACAGAGCGGACGGGAGCCCGACUGGGACGGGACCGAGACCGUCCUCCGUCACCUGGCGUUAUAUGUCAAACCAUAAGUGGGGGUAAAAUAUUAAAAAGCAAAAACAAGAAAUAAUAAUUAAAGACAAGGAGCAGAAAUCGCUUUGCACGGAGCUUUUUGAACAUAUUUACAGGAGAAGCGGACUGGAAGACUUUUUGAACAGUUUCACUUUGCCUUCUGCCAAGUCACACUGAGGGGGCUGAAAGCUGCACGGCGGGGGGCGUGAGCCGCGGAUUUCUUUUGGUGAGUCCGGUUAGACGUCUGACAAGCUUUUCUGGAAAUUACAAAGCGACGCCGAAGAUGAAAUAUCUUAAGAUAAGUUUGCAAAAGUAUCCUGUACGAAGCAACAAUUGGGAUAUAACAUAAAACAUCGGGACUGGCUGCCGGCGAAACAAAUGGGAGAAAGUUCAUGGAAGCAAAUCUCGGACCUGCCGCGCUUUAAAAAUAAGCUCCCUCCCAUCGAUCAGCCCCCGCUUGGUGGAGGAUAAAGGGGGCUUGUGAAUGUAUUGGGUUUGUGAGAAAGUCGAUUUGAUCAUAUUAUUAUUACAAUUGUUGUUGCCGACAUUAUAUGUACCUGGGUUUGUUGCAUGUUCAUUUGAGACAGAAGAAAAAACAGCAUAGAGCUGACCGUGAACUACACCACAGUUAAAGUCGUGCAGAAAACGUGACCUGAAAUUGUCCCUGAGGUUUUUCCUGUGUAUAGUAAUGAGGGGCCUGAAAAUGUGAACGUCCUGAGUGCUGCAGCCACCAUGCCCCCGGCGGGCACCUGCUUUGUGGCCGGGUUACCCCACCAGCUGAGCGUGGCUGCAGUGAAGGGCAGCAGAGCCCCAGCGCCGUCCUGCCGUCUGAUUGUGUCCCAGUGCUGACAGGGGAGGGGAGGAAGGACGCAGGGAGAGGACAUGGGCAACUCGUCUAAGAAGGAGGCCGCGGAAGGGGGAGAUGGUGGUGAGGUGGAAGAGGAGGGCGGACAGGGCGAGAUGCAGGUAGAAGAGAAUGAGGAAGAGGAGGAUGAGAUUACAGCAAAAGAAGAGGAAGAACCGCAGUGGGACCAGGAACUGCCUAUACGGGUAGAGGAUGAUAUUGAAUCUAAAGAAAUGAUUCUGAACAUGAGCUACUGUAGAAUGUACAACCUGCCGAAUCGCAUCUGCUCCCUAACAUACCUGGUGAAACUGUACCUGAGUAAUAACCGGCUGCAGACUUUGCCGAAGAGCCUGGCCCAGCUGCAAGGACUGCACCUGCUGGCACUCGAUCAGAACAGAAUGGAUGAUCUGCCAGUGGUCGUGUGUGAGCUGGUCAACCUCACCCACCUCUACCUGAGCAACAACAAGCUCUUGACCUUGCCUGUGGAGAUGGUCAACCUGCGCAAACUGCACUGCCUCUGGUUGGACGGUAACUACUUCCAGCAUUUCCCCCGGCUCCUCGUGAAAUUGCCCAACCUGAGUGUGCUGCAGAUGGGGGACAAUAUGAUAAGGGAUCUGCCCAAUAAUAUGUGGUGCAUGUCAGCACUGCGCUGCCUCUGGCUCUAUGGCAAUCGUUUCACGAAGCUUCCAAACGUGCUACUGCGCAUGGAGGCCUUAGAGAUCCUGGACUUUGACAACAACAGGCUCACCAAGUUGCCCGAACUAGAUCACAUGCCGGCCCUGCGCCUGUUCUCCUACGACCAUAAUAUGGUGAAAUAUCCCCCGCUUGUGCGUGAGGAGGCAUUGGUGGUGGGAAGGGGGGCAGAUAUAUACCUGGAGAAAAGGCAGAAGAAGAAGGAUGAUCAGAGGAUGGCUGCCCAAACGGAGGCCAAGAAGAAUGCUGAGAUGGAGAACAAGAAGUUUCUCAAGAUGAGGCUCACGAAGUCCAACACCAUAUCAUCUAGCAUGGGGCCAGAGCAAGAGCAGGAGCCAAUCAUCCAUGGAAUCCUGAAAAACUCCACCUCCUUUGACCGGCGGCCCAAUGGCGUGGCUGAUGGGAUGGCAGAGGGUACGGGGCCAAUGAAAUGUCAUGGGGAGCAGGAGGAGCUACUGUAUGAUGAGGAUGGCAUGGAGUACGAGCAAGACCCAGUGGUGUAUCAGGGUUUGACUCGGCAGACAAGGCUGGCGAAGGAAGGUGAGGAACCAGAGAGGUGCUAGUGAGGGACAUGAUCUCCUCCCCCCCCCCUCACUGCCCUCCUGGAGAUGAUAAAAGGCCCAGAACAUCAAAGUAUAAAAUCAGCAAAAACCAUA